AGUGUCUCGGCAACGAAGCGAGAAGCGAGAGUGCUCUCCUAAAAACUAAAAAAAAAAAAUUUUUUUUUAAUAAAGCGCAAACUUAUGAGGCGGCAACCAAAUUAUUUUGACUUAUAUUAUGUUUUAAAUGUUUGUUUUUUUAACUCUGGAUCUUCAGUAAGAGAAAUGGGGGAGAAAAAGCAGCGACUUGACUUAUCAUUUCUCUUACGUACACUUUGUACAGUGUCCUUGGCUCUUGGACUGAAACUCACCGGCUUGUCAAAGCACCAAUGAACACGUCCUUCCUUUGCAUUCCAGUUUUAUAACAGCUCCAUUUCUAUUGAUGUCUAUCACGCUUCUCAAACAUUCUCCUAGAAAAGCAUAUUCUGUUAUUAAUUAUAUUCAUGUACACAGGAUAUUACAUUUCCUGCCUUAUGCUUUGGUUAGUGAGAACGAGCACCUCCUUGACACCGUAUUUGCCAUAUCGGUCACUUUUGCUUCCCUGACACCCUAAGGUCCACUUUGGCCAUGUUCCGCAAGAAAGGUUACCUAAUUAUUUGCGGCACUUUGCUGUUUAUUGCUUGGAAUGCAGUUCUCAUAUUUGUUCUCCUGGGACGGUCUCCUGGAAAUGACACAGACGAGUCUGUUUUACCGAAAAAAGAUCCCCAAAACGACGACGUUGUGGAGAAAUUACUUGAUGUGAUCAGUGCAUUCGAAAAAGAACUGGAGGCCCAGAACAAAAUUCUUCAUCAGAUCCAGAGCUAUAAGUAUUUUUGGGAAGAACUGAAAAAAAACGGCACAAGUUUAAGAAGGAAGUUAGAUGCCGUGAGUAAUGUUACAAAUUUCAGGAGUAAACUACAGUCCUCCGGUGUGGUUAUUCCCAUCUUGGUCAUGGCAUGUAACAGAGUGACAGUAAAACGCUGCUUGGACAAACUCCUCGAACACCGGCCAUCACCUGAACUGUUCCCCAUCAUCGUGAGCCAGGACUGUGGACACUCGCAGACCGCCGAUGUGAUCGCCUCAUACGGCAGUCAACUGACUCACAUUAAACAGCCUGAUUUGUCAGAGGUCCCAGUGCCUGCGGGACAUCGUAAGUUCCAGGGUUACUACAAAAUUUCAAGACAUUACCGUUGGGCUCUAAACCAGGUGUUCAACUCCUUCUCCUACUCUGCCGUCAUAAUCGUGGAAGACGAUCUGGAGGUGGCUCCAGACUUCUUUGAGUACUUUAAAGCACUUCACCCCGUUCUGAAAUCUGAUCCGAGUCUGUGGUGCGUGUCUGCCUGGAAUGACAACGGCAGGGACGGAUACGUAGAUCCUGCGAAACAAAGCCUCUUAUAUCGGACCGACUUUUUCCCAGGGCUUGGGUGGAUGCUGCUGAAGGAGCUCUGGGUGGAACUCGAGCCAAAAUGGCCAGCUUCGUUUUGGGAUGACUGGAUGCGUCAUCCCAACCAGCGCAAAGACAGGUCAUGCAUUCGUCCAGAAAUCUCCAGAACUUUGACGUUCGGCCGUAAGGGUGUGAGUUUGGGUCAGUUCUAUGACAAGUAUCUCCGUUUUAUCAAACUCAACACCGAAUUUGUGCCUUUUACACGAAAAGAUAUGUCGUAUCUAGAUAAGAGGAAUUACGAUCAAGCUUUUGAGAAGGAGGUUUACAGUGCGCCUCUUGUGGCAGUCGAGGAGCUGAAAAACGGGAAGCUGUCUGGGCCCGGCCCGUUUCGGCUGCAGUAUUCCAGCGCACGGGAUUUUAAAACCCUAGCGCAAGGACUGGGUGUCAUGGAUGACUUGAAGUCUGGAGUGCCAAGAGCUGGGUAUCGAGGUGUUGUCAGCUUCUUCUCACUAGGAAAGCGGGUUUAUAUAGCGCCACCUGUUGGUUGGACAAAGUAUGAUCCAAGCUGGAGUUAAGGAAGCUUGGUGUGUGUGAGGGAAAAAUCUGUGUGGUCAGAACAAAGAUUUUAUAUUGAAAAAAAAAAGUCUGCAAGGAUUUUUCAUAGUGCAAAAGUGUUAAAAUGUGUUUCACAUUCACGCUUCAAUUAGUUAUGUUUAUUUUAUUUGGCUGAUCCUUGCAAGUGUUCACUGCGCAGACCAGAGACGCUUCAGUAUAAGUUGAAAAUUGUAAAAGAUUUCACGAGACCAAAGAGAAUUUUAUAGAGUUCUUGAUUUCUAUAUCUCAGGUCAAUGCUAACAUUUUUUAACAAAGAGAGACAAAUCUAUACCUUCAGUGUUAGAUAUAUAUUUAUUGGGAUUGUCACACCAAGUUAUUGUCAAACCUGAUUGAUAUAUGUAUAUAAAUAUUUAUUUUUUAAUCAUGACAGAUAAUCACUGAUGCAAAUAUUCUUUAUUCACCAGUCACUUCAUAAUUUAAAACAUUUCUCAAGUGCCUUCAAAUUUUAAUAGCUUUGUUUAAACGGUUAUAUGUGGACUCUGUGAUUAUGUGGUGGUGGUGGAUGUUGUGCAUUUUUUGAGUAGAAAAUGUAGCUUUUAAAUCUAUAUUUGUUGGAGAACAUCAGUAGCUUUGAACACAGACUGGUGUUAUUCUAAAGUUUUCGGAUGUAAAAUGUGGGGGGGAAAUAAAGCAAACUUUUACUUAUUUUAA